AAAAUAAGAAAUUCUAUAAGUCCUUUAUUCCUUAUAUAAUAAAUCAUAAGUUAGUAAACUCUUUUGUUCACUUUUCUUUUGCAUCCACCGAAGAAAAACCAGCUUCACAAUGAGCUCCAACGACAGAGAUCAUCGCAGGUUCAACUCUGACCACCACUCAUUCUGGCCUAAUCCGUCUACUUACGAUCUUAACAGCAAGAUCAUGCUUGCCGCAGUGGCUUCUUUAUCUGGAGUUAUCCUCAUCGUCUUCGCUCUUCAUCUUUACGCAAGAUUCGUUCUCCGACGCCGUAGAGAAGCUUUCCGUGGCCUCCCCGUCAUUUUCCGCCACCCUUUUGAGAUGCCUAAGCGUGGCCUCAAUCCCACAGUCAUCGCUUCUCUCCCUACUUUCACUGUUGGAGCCACUGAUGGCGUGGCUGCCUCCGCUACUGAAUGCGCAGUGUGUCUAAGCGUGUUAAAGGAGCAAGACAAGGCGAGAGAGUUGCCCAACUGCAAGCACAUCUUCCACGUCGACUGUGUUGACACGUGGCUCACCACUUGCUCCACUUGUCCUGUUUGUCGGACUGAAGUUGAGCCAAGACCGAGACUUGAGCCUGAGCCAAGGGAAGGACCAGUCGGUACUGCACCGCAGUUGUUGGUGGAAACCAGGCUGAACUUGACUGUAGAAGCCGCAUCCUCUUCUUCCUCAGAUAACAAAACAGUUGUAUCCCCGGCUUCGCGAUUAAAUUCGUUUAGGAAAAUCUUGACGAGGGAAAGAUCUUCGAACAGGAUCAACCAUUCUUGUCCUGACCAAGAUCGUGUGGCAGAUCUUGAGAGACAUUGAGUCGACAUAUAGAUACAUAUUAUGCAUAUAAAUCAUAUACACAUAUCGAUAAUCUUUAAUUUAUACAAUAUCCUCCUUUCUUUUUUACUAUAUCAUGCUCUGUUUUUGGUUUUAGAUAGUUUUGUGUAACGGAACACUAAAUAUAUGUUAGUCAAAAGAUACAUCUGGUGCAG